AGCUGCAAACGAAACGUGUUUUGCGAACUUCAGUUGAUUUUGUGUUUCCUUUUGCAAAAUUUAUACAUCUGCCGGGGCUCUGAACAAAGGGUCUCGCAGGUAGAAAGUGAAAGAAGUGUGUUCGAGCGAGAAUUUGCAUCGAAAAGAACACGUUUUUUUCCCGACCGAAAGUGAAGGAAGGAUCUGUCUGCGACAGAUUGCGGUCGCCGAAGUGAUCCAUUGAAGUUUGGGAAAAAUGAGUCGUCGUGGUCGGGGACGUGGUCGUGGUCGAGGAGGUGCCAACCGAGGUCGUAAUCGCAAUCCAGCUCCUCCGCACAAUAAUUGGGACGACCUUGGGAAUUUCAACACGUCGAGUGACAGCGACGAAGAUACGGAUUUGAUCAACGGUUUGGCGCUGAUGGAGGCCCUGAAUCAGAUGCGAGGAGGCUUUUCGGGAAAGUCCCACUUCGGAAUGGGGCCGGAUCCAAGCGAUUCGGACGAACGAAUUUUCCACACCGAGGAUGGCUUCCCGGUCAACACUAUCUAUGCGAGUUUCACCCAGAAUCCGGAAUCGAUAACGGAAGCAGUGGUACGCAAGAUGUUCGAACAGUUUGGCCGCGUCAAAAGCGUCCGGAUUCACACCAAUCAGAACAACAACUUGUACGACGAGGGAGGAGAUGUGGCGAGUGGCGGCGGUGGCGGAGGACGACCCAGCAGACGCGGAGGUUAUCGCCGGAAUAACCGGAACGACAGAAUCAUCCGGUACGGGUUCAUCUCAUACGAACGGUGCGAGGAUGCUGCCAAGUGCUUGCAGAAGAAAAUUAUCCUCAAGAAACGAUGCUACGUGGCUCCGGCUGACAGCUGGCACCAGGAGGCCUACCACAAGAAAAUGAAGGAGACGGAACAAGGCGAUAAAGAAUCGAAAGACUUGGAUGCUGCUGGCAGCUCUGGAACUGGAGCUGCUGAAGGGGCAUUGGAGCCAUCAAAGACUGCCGAAGCGGAUCUCAACAGUAGCGUCAAAGCGGAUAGUGUCCAUUCCACCGAUGCAGAACCGGAAGGUAUGAACAUUCUACAUCUGAACGACGAUUGCUUGUUGAUGAUUUGCGACUAUCUUGAGCUCAUGGAUCUAUUGGCACUGAAGAAAUCCUGCUCCCGAAUGGAAAGCAUCACAGCGGAAACGUUCAAACGGUACAAGAUUUUGGACUUUGACAUCGACCCCAUGGAUAAGAAGUACCUCACCUUAUUGGAUGCCAAAAACAUUCUCACGGAAACGGGCCUUACGUAGAACAUCUGUUCAUUGCUAGGGAUCGGUUUUUGAAGCCCAGUGUGAGGAUCCUCAAUUUAAUACCUCGCUAUUGUCCUAAUUUGAAGGAACUGGACAUCAACGAUUUUUCGAUAAAACCUAAGACUCUGAGCGGGUUCGAUGAAGUGUUUAAAUCUCUCGAAGGACUGACGCUAGUGGCAUGCAGUAUCGAAGAUACGAUCGGACGAAGUUUGAAA